AUUUAUCCAGAGACAACCGAGAUUCGUCAGAAGCCUAAGAAUCUAAAAACUAGGUCUAAUCGUGCGUGAAUAUGGCAGAAGCAUCUUUGUUCCGAGGGUGAAUUUUCUCGUACGAAAAUUCAAUUGAGCAUCUCCCCGCGAAAAGAAUUGCCGGCGUCGUUUCUGCCUAUCUUCACGUCGACUAGAUUUCAAACAACGCGAUGCGAUUUCCGAGCUACGUAUUAUCACGAUUAUACGUCGCGUGGGGUUAAUUAGGUGAAAAAAUACCGUGGCGAUUGGUUCAUCAAUUUUCAUCGAUAGAUCAGACAGGCAGAAAACAGCGUCACAAUCGAGGCCCAACUGAGAAAAAAUCAAAAGGCGGCAGCGUCGUAUGAAAAUUAAGAAGAAUAGAGAAUUAAGAAUAAAAGAUGUCGUCGAACGAUGCUAAAUAUCCGUGCAUAAUAUGUCAGCAGUUGACAAAUUCAAUAACUGAUCUUCAUAAUCAUCAGAAACAUUUUCACACAUCAGAAGAGUUGUCGAUGUCGGUUAUACAUCUUGUACAUUAUAUGUGCAUGGAAAGAAAUUUGAUGAUGGUGAAACAAAUAUUUGAUACUUCAAACUAUUCUACUGCGCUACAGCAAUACUAUGCCAACAUUGGUCAUAACUAUUGUCCGGCUUACGAACCUAAUAAAAAUGCAAACAUAGAUGCUGAAAGCCGAUUAAACACGGCGCAUCAUUACACUCCGCUGCAACUGCAUUUUAGCGAAGCAAAUAGCUCGAUAAUCGUCCCAAACAAGUGGGAAAUUGAGUUUGGAAAGGUAGAGGAAAUCAGCGACGAGAGUUUUGUCAAUAGCGUAAACGGCAUUUGCCGCGAUUUGAGAAAUAUGGAUAGGGGGAAAAAAGACUGUGGUAAAGUUGAAAGACCUAAAUUAACGGGCUCAAAAAUUGAUCGGAAUAAGUGCAGAACCAGAAAAAUUAGCGGGAGAACCGCAGCUGCUCACAAAAAUAAUGACAAAAAUCAUUGCAAGACUGUGAUUCGGCAGAAGGAAAAAGAAAACUGUGGAUUCUUGCAAAAUGUAACGACAGGCGAAAGCUUACAAGGCAAUGAAAGUUCCAAUGUUCUGGGUCAACCGAGACUUUCGAACUUCGAAGAAACUUUUCUGUGCCUGCCGUGAUAGAAAGAGUCAAUUACUCUGGUUAAAGAAAAGAUUUCAGUUUUUCAAAACGACUAUUGAAUACAGAAUA